UAUCAAAAUCAUUUUCAAACAUGUCUGGUCGUGGCAAAGGUAAAGCUAAGGGCACCAAGUCCAAAAGCCGCUCAUCUCGAGCAGGGCUUCAAUUUCCAGUCGGUCGUAUCCAUCGUCUUCUCCGCAAAGGCAACUAUGCCGAGCGAGUUGGCGCUGGCGCUCCAGUGUACUUGGCAGCAGUGCUCGAGUACUUAAGCGCUGAGAUCCUUGAGUUGGCGGGCAACGCUGCUCGUGACAACAAAAAGACAAGAAUCAUCCCGCGUCACCUUCAGCUGGCUGUUCGUAACGACGAGGAGUUGAACAAACUGCUCGCCGGUGUCACUAUUGCACAGGGAGGUGUGCUUCCCAACAUCCAGGCUGUUCUUCUGCCCAAGAAGACCGAGAAGAAACCGAAAGCCUAAACAAGCUUUCGCUUCUUACACAAAACGGCUCCUUUAGGAGCCACCACUUAUGAUGAAAGUCCUGAUCAACGGUUUUUUUAUUCCUUUAAUAUGACAUACUAAGUAAGAAAUUCGCUGUGGCUAAAUGCGAAAAGUGCAAGCUAGAACCUGACAAAAUACCACUAUCCCAGUAAAAUAAAACUAUCUUAUGUAUUCA